AUGGCACUUUCCAGUAAUGCUCGUUCAUAUCGUGACCCUCAGUCAUCAAGUUCUAUCGAUGCGCUGUCGAUCGUCGACGGCUCUCUAUCACGAUCCAAGAGAGAGAGCCCAAAAUCCAGAGAUAGCCAGUCUCAAUCUACCAGGCCUAAGGAUAAUAGCUACCAUGCUACGAACUCUGUGGAACCUCAUCCAAGAAGUGACAAGAGUAACCCUCCAAAAAAGAUUAGUGAUACUCGCCCUCUCCCCUCUAAACAGCCUGGUCCGCAGCAAUAUUCAGCUGACCCAGCAUCACUGAUCUCCUCCCCGACCAGUGCAAAGGACCUGGCAUCUCAGAUGUACAGCCCAGGUCCACCUCCCUUCGAUAAGCGUUACCCGAGGGAAACCAAUCCUGCCAGGUUGAGGAAUAGCUUCCUUUACUCUCGCCCUACUGAUGACCCAACAUCUGGUACCCCCAGAAUAUCUAGCCACCAUAGUAUGACUAAAUCAGGCUAUCGCCAGUCAAAUCAGCUCUCCAAGAGUUCAACGUCAUUACCAACCAUCAAUGUCUACGAGCUGUUCUGA